AUGAGUGAGCUUACCUGUUUUAUUAAGGAACAACGUGAUUUGUUGGAACUAUUGACAAGAUAUGAGGCUCGAUUUGACGUGAAAAGUACUUCGGAGAAGACUCAGGGUUAUGUCACUGCUUUGGCGCAAAGAAUUGACGACCUUUUCGGUCGAUUUGAGUCACAGCAUGACACGAUAGUGCGUCUGAUUCAUGAUACCUCUUUGGAUGCCAACGACGUCCCGUAUGUGAGUGAGGGCGUGUAUUUUGAUUUUUCAGAGAAGUACCUGACCUUUAAGGGGAAAAUCCUUGAUUGCCAUUCUGAACGUGGUGUAGUACAUUCGCCAAUGGCGAGCACGUUUGUGGCACCACAUAGUCGAUCUGACACUACUAUGGGCUCGGAUUCGAGGCUUCCGAAGAUUUCUCUUCCGAAAUUUACGGGCGAGUACAUGGAAUGGGUUCCAUUUCGGGACAUUUAUUUUUCAUUGGUGCACCAGAACGAGUCUUUGAAUAGAAUUCAGAAGUUUUAUUAUCUGAGGGGUACCCUUGGUGGUGAGGCCGCGAACCUAAUAAAGAAUAUUUCUGCUACUGAGGCGAACUACGAGACGGCGUGGAAGAUAUUGGAGUCCCGAUACCACAAUAAGCGCAUGCUAGUUGGGAGUUUAAUUUCUAAGCUAUUUAAUAUUCCUAAGUCGGACGGUGGAUUUCAAUCCAUAAAAACACUGCUUGAUUCUGCUCAAGAGUGUGUUUCUUCUCUGCGGAAUUUGGAUAUUGAGACGGAUACUUGGGGCCCAAUUCUCGUGCACUUGCUUGUGCAGAAGCUGGACUUACAAUCUCGAAGGGAUUGGGAACAGUCUCUUAGGUCCUCCACGGAUGUCCCUUUGAUUUCAGAACUCUUUUCAUUUUUGGAACGUACAUUCCGUACGUUAGAGUCGAUGGCGAGCGAAUUUCCACUUUCUACGAAUAGACCGGGCCCAGAUGGCGGUAAAAGCAAGACUGCGAGAUUCUCUUCUCAGCAGAAAAAGGCUUCUUGUCAUGCUGGUCGGUUUUCUAAGACAGGACUGCCCCUUUGUCCUUUUUGUGAAAAGAAUCAUAAUCUUGUGAAAUGUUUUAAAUUCUUAGCUUUGCCUUUGGGCAACAAAAUUCACUUCCUUAAUGGCAAGAACGCUUGUCACAAUUGUUUUGUGAUAGGGCAUGAUCACAAUAAUUGCAAGUCCCCCUUUCGCUGCGUGACUUGUAAGCAGCCGCACCAUACGGUGCUUCAUUCUGAUGGGGCUGCUGGUAAUUCUGACCCCAUUAGCUCCACUGCCAACUUGACCACCGAUGCUGGGCGAUCUUUUGGCCAAGUGACUUCUCAUAAUGUACAGGCUUUUCAUUCUGUGUUGUUGUAUACGAUAAGACUCAACGUUUCUUCGAGCCGUGGAAACUAUACGCUGAGGGCUCUUUUGGACCCUGGAUCUCAGGGCAGUCUUAUCUCCGAAGCGGUGGUCCAGCUUCUAGGUCUUAAGAAGUUGAGGUCGCAAUGUAGGGUGAUUGGCAUAGGGCAUGGCGGAGAGAAUUUGUCGAAGUGCUCCGUGGAGCUCGAUUUGUACACAAGGAAACGAAGGUUGGUUCUUUCCUGCUCGGCUCUCGUGCUGCCGAGCUUGUCCUCUUAUACUCCAGCUCCGUCGUCUAGACACAUACCUCUUCCGGAUAUUGAUAUUGAUAGCUUGGCUGAUCCAUUGUUCUAUAGGGCUGAUUCAAUAGACUUAAUUCUGGGCUCUGAUGUGUGUUCGAGGAUAAAGAUACCUUCGGAGUCAUUUGUCUACAAUGACCUGUUCUUUCAGAACACCCAUUUUGGAUGGGUGUUUUCUGGACCCAGCUGUGCUGUGUCCUCGAAUCAGAUUCAUAUUCACAAUGUGAAUUUGGAGAGUAUUCUUAAAUCAUUCUGGGAGCAGGAGGAAGUCCUCCCAAGGAGGAAUUUGACUACCGAGGAGGUAGCAUGCGAGACAUAUUUUAGGAAUACCACUAUUCGUGGUGAGUCCGGUAGGUAUAGGGUCAAUUUGCCUUUUAAAUCGAUUUUGAGGGAUGGGUCGAGUCCGACUCUUCAGAAUAACGCUCAGAGUGCUUUUCGUCGUCUGCGACAGCUUGAGAUAUCCUUCUCCAAGAAGCCGGUGUUCGGUGGGGACUACAGAAGUUUUAUGCAGGAGUACGAGUCUCUGGGGCAUAUGUCUAAAGUAGGGAUUUACCCGACUGACGUUAGGAUGGACUCUUAUUUUUUGCCACAUCAUGGUGUGUUGAGGGAGAGUAGUAGUACGACCAAGCUCCGCGUGGUAUUCGAUGGCAGCAGCCAUAUCGGUGACAACAAAUCUCUCAACGAGGAGUUGUCUCCUGGACCUGUUCUUCAGAACGAUCUUCCAAGUGUUCUCAUCAAGUGGCGAAGGCAUAGAAUCGCGUUUAGUGCGGACAUCGAAAAGAUGUUUCGCCAGAUAGAUGUUCACGAGGGUCACAGACGGUAUCAGCAGAUUCUAUGGCGUUGCAGUCCUUUGGACGAAAUUUCUAUCUACGAAUUGAAUACUGUCACGUAUGGCACGACUUCGGCGCCUUAUCUGGCUAUUCGGGUGCUACGAAAACUCGCCGAGGACUUUGAGUCACGUUAUCCGGAGGCUGCUAGAGUAUUGGUUGAGGACUCAUAUGUCGACGAUGUUAUUUCUGGCGCAGAUUCUUUGGAGGACGCAAUCCCGCUGUACAAAGACUUAUCUUCCCUUCUGAGAAAAGGAGGUUGUAACCUUCGGAAAUGGAUAACAAAUUCUAAGGAAUUGCUCUCGCAGAUACCAGAGGGGGACAGGGAGACUAAUGCCACUUUGGACUUUGACCGCGGUCAUGUCGUUAGGACCCUGGGUAUUCAGUGGGAUACUAGCGCUGAUUCGUUUUCGUUUAGGGUAAACCUUGAUGGAAAUCCACUUGUAUCCAAACGGUCGAUUCUUUCGGAAUCCGCGAGACUCUACGAUCCUUUGGGAUGGCUUACGCCUUCGACUGUCAGGGCAAAGUCACUUUUUAAACAGCUCUGGGAGCACGGAGUGGACUGGGAUGAUAAAGUUCCACAUGAUAUUGAGGCACAGUGGUUGAAGUACAGGACUUCUCUCUCGGAGUUGUCUAAACUGGCAAUUCCACGAUGGAUUCAGUGGUCUCAGGACUGUCAGACUGAGCUUCAUUGUUUUUGUGAUGCAUCUACCACUGCGUAUGCGGCAGUGGUAUAUGCACGGAUUGCUACUCCCACUGGCUUAUUUGUCAACAUGCUUCAGGCUAAGUCCAAGAUUUCUCCCAUUAAGACCAUUUCUAUACCCAGGUUGGAAUUGUGCGCUGCCACACUUGGCGUGAAUUUGGCAGAGAGGGUUAGGGAAUCACUUGUCGAUUUACAUGUGCGGGAUAUGUUCUUCUGGAGUGACAGCUCCACCGUUCUCAGCUGGAUUCGGAAGCCUCCGUCGAAUUGGAAUGUCUAUGUGGCGAAUCGUGUUGCCGACAUUCAGCGUAUGAGCAACCCUGUGCAAUGGAGAUACGUUCCCUCCUCCCUGAAUCCAGCGGACUGUGCCUCCAGAGGCAUACUUCCUGAGGAAUUAGUUAACCACCAUUCGUGGUGGUAUGGACCUCAAUUUCUUUAUGAGUCACGAUCGUCAUGGCCCGUAAAUCUCCCAAAUUUGGUGACCUCAGAGGAGGAAAGGAGUGCAAAGAUUUCGUCAAAUGUGACUAUUGAUAAGGUGUACCCGGAGAUAUUCUCUAGAUUUUCGAAAUUGCGAUUGUUGUUGAGGGUGACGUCUUUGUGUUUUCGAUUUGCAAAUAACUGCAGGAAUCCCGGCAUGAAGGUCACUGGUCCCCUGUCACUGGGGGAGACCAAUGGGGCUAUGAGAUCACUAGUUAGAAUUUGCCAGGGGAUUGAAUUCCCCAAUGAACUUUUGCAACUUUUGAAUUCAAAGCCCAUGAAGAGUGGCUCCAUUUUGAAACUGAUGCCCUUUGUCGAUGAAGAAGGUAUUAUUCGCGUUGGUGGCCGACUUCAAAAUUCGAAUUUUCCAUACGACAUGAAACAUCCCAUGAUUUUGGCCAAAUCUAGCCCCCUAUCGUAUUUUAUUGUUAGCGAUGCUCAUGAGCGGACUCUACACGGUGGUGUCACACUGACCAUGUCUUUUGUGAAUAGGAAGUUUUGGAUUGUUUCAGGCAAUCAACUUGCUAAACGCGUUAUACAUAAUUGCAUGCGUUGCUUCAGAUACUCCGCUAAGACUGUUCAACAGGUUAUGGGCAAUUUGCCGCGUGUGCGAUUGACUAUGACAAGGCCAUUUAAGCACAGCGGAGUCGACUAUGCGGGACCCAUACCCAUCAGGAACUCGAAUUUGCGAUCUUCUUCCGUGUCUAAGGGUUAUAUAUGCCUUUUUAUUUGUAUGGUGACUAAGGCCGUUCAUCUUGAAGCUGUAUCCGACCUUACCACAAAUGCAUUUCUGGCCGCAUUUAGGCGUUUCAUUUCUCGACGGGGCACAUGUACGGAUUUAUACUCUGACUGUGGCACAAAUUUUGUUGGGGCUUCGAAAGAGCUACAGGUUCUAUGUAAUCGAGGUCGGAAGUCAUUGCCUGAGGAACUUCGUCAUUACUUGAGCAUUAACUCCACUACAUGGCACUUUAUCCCACCAGCCUCCCCCAAUUUCGGUGGCCUGUGGGAGGCUGGCGUGAAAUCUGUUAAAUACCAUCUUAAGAGGAUUGCAAAUGAUCGAAACCUUACCUUUGAGGAGUUAACAACCCUUUUAUGUCAAGUAGAGAGUUGUUUAAACUCACGCCCCCUCUGCCCCUUGACAUCUGAUACAUCGAAUUUCGAUGCGCUCACUCCUGCACAUUUUUUGGUAGGCGAGCCAACGACAAGCCUGCCAGAGGAAUCUCUAUUGGACUGCAACCCCAAUCUACUUACUCGUUGGAAGAAUGUUGAAAGGCUAAAGCAACAUUUCUGGAAGAGAUGGCACCACGAAUAUUUAAACCGUCUACAGUCACGCCCGAAAUGGUUGAAAAGUAAGAUAGAUCCUAAAGUUGGCGAUUUGGUGCUGAUAGCGGAUGAACGUUGCGGACCAGGUCAAUGGAAUUUGGGUCGCAUUAAGGAUACACAUCCAGGACCUGAUGGAAAAACAAGGGUGGUAUCCGUUCUAAUAAAGAACAAAAUUAUCAAAAGACCAGUUAAUAAAAUUUCUCUACUUCCAGAUAACGAACCUUUAACACAACCAUAA